GUCGUCUUCAACGGAUACCAUCGUUCGAGCAGUCGUACACAGGAAACCCUAAAUUUCCCUCGCUCUUACCGGCUCCUGAAAGCCAUAGUCUCUCAUGCCAUCCACCCAUGGAUUGCAUCGUCUUAGUGGCGAUUGAAGAGGUCUGCGCUCGGGCGGCUGCCGGAAUCCAUGUCGCCGAGCUCUGGCCGAGCCUCCGCGGUGCCCUCUCCGACGCCGGUCUUCCCCCUUGCGACGCCGUUUACAAGGUUAUAUGGAUUCGUCUCCUCGCCCACCCAGGGCUCCGAUUCGAAGCCCAUGGUUCGCCUCUCGGCUCCCAUGACCCGUCCAUCCAGUCCUUGGAGGAGGCGCAGCGGAUUGGGGUGAGGAUCGUCGCGGAGGACCAUCUUAGGGAUAGUUUCCUGGGGAUUUAUGAUCUCAAAGCUUCCUCUUCGGAUAUUUCUCAGAUUCAGAGGACUGCUCUCGAGCGGUUGGCCGCUGCCAGAACUAAUGGAGUCACUCAGAGUGAACUUGGUAAAGAAUUUCGCAUCAAGGGAAAUAAUUUGUUUUACAUAGUGAAACACCUUGAAUCCCAGCAUCUGAUUGUGCGACAAUCAACUAUUGUAAGGGCAAAAGAUUCAGGAACUGAAUGGGAGAAUGCAGCAAAAAAUAAUUCUGUUGUGUCUACCAAUUUACUACAUUUACACCGUUAUGCAAAAAACUUAAAUUUAAAUUCACAACAGAGAUUUGAGAUUACAAGGGCAGACAUAUUAGAAGGUGUGACCGUUGAUGGGAUUUCUGUAAAUGGUGAUGAAAUUUCUGGUGAUUUUGCCAAGGAUGAUGUUUCAAUAAAAGAUUACCUACCUGAAAUGAAAGCUAUUUGUGAUAAACUUGAAGAAGCAAGUGGGAAGGUUUCAGUUGUAUCAGAUAUUAAAAUGUCUCUUGGCUAUAGAAAGACCACUGGCCAUAGAGCAUGGAGAAAUAUCUUGCAAAGGCUGAAGGAUGCUCAUCUUGUGGAAGAAUUUCAAGCAGAGGUGAACAAGAGGGUUGUCAGUUGUUUAAGGUUACUAAAGAAAUUUGAUUCGAGAGAUUUCCAGCCCAAAAAAGGAAUGCAUUCACAUGAUAACUUUGAUAAUGAAAAUUUGAUAAAAAUUGGAAAAAGGGGUCAUAUUACCGAUCAGUUUGUUGAGCUUCCUUUAGAGCAUCGCAUAUAUGAUAUGGUUGAUUCCGAAGGACAAAAAGGAUUAACGAUUUCUGAGGUUUGCAGACGACUUGGGUUCACCCCUAAAAAGCUAUACAGCCGGAUUAGUUCAAUGCGUGAGAGGUUUAGGAUGUGUUGGCAGGCUGAAAUUCAUGAGAAAACGCCACUUUAUCGAAUGUGGACAUUCAGAAAUUACCCACAUCACGCAAUCAACACUUUUCCUGGCAAGCAUGAAGCACUUCAAGGUACAAAUGAGCUUUUGUUUCAAUCAAAAAAUUUAACAUUGCUCGAGCUCCAGUCGAUAAAUUCGUGCUCCACUGAUGAGCUUUCAUCCAUAGAGAAAACAGAUUGUGCAGUUGGAUUGGCACCUUCUGGCAUGCCUCCUGAACAUGAUCGAGAUGCACAAGAGAUCAAAUGCAGAGGGGACCAGCAAAAUAAUGCCACUGAACUUCCAAGUGUAUCUUAUGAUUCAAAACCUGCAAUUGUGGAGAUAAUGCUGAAACAGAAUGCUUGCCAAUGGGAAGAAAGCCGUUUUGUUUCAUCGGUUUCGCCCGAAGUUAAAGCUGUGAAACGGCAUCACCAAUUGUCGACUUCAAAUAGAACUAGGAGGGAAGAAAGAAUAGUAAAGAAGCUGAAGAAAGAGGAGUUUAUUUUGACAGCUGAGCUCUAUAGGUGGCUAGAGGAACUCGAGAAGGGUAAGAACACAAAAAUGGGCAGGAGAACUUUAACUAGUACACUGAAUAAGCUGCAAAAGGAGGGCUUAUGCAAAUGUAUCCAGGUUAGCUUCCCUGUGGUGACAAAUUUUAAUCGCCAUCGCAUAACUGAUGUGAUUUUGCAUCCUUCUGUCGACAACUUGUCACCAGAACUUUUAGACAAAAUCUACAGAAGACAGAGAGAGUUUGAUGGUCGAAUUCGUGGACAAGCAUCAGCUCGAUCAAGGACUGGACAACCUGUGCACAAUUUAACAAGUUUGGGAAUGACAUCAAAGCAUGUGGAUGACAAACCUGUUCUGCUUGAGGCUAUGCGUGCUAAUGGUUUUGCAUCUGCUAGGAUGGUCCGCGCCAGGCUUUUGCAUAGAUUUCUGUGGAGUUAUGUCAGCAAUUUGCCUAGUUGGCAUGGUGCUGUUAAUUCUAAUCAAUGCAGCUAUGACCUGAAGAGUCCCAGCACAUGCCAAUUAUUUGCACUUGAUGAAGCUAUAAAAACAAUGCCGCUUGAACUGUUCUUGCAAGUUGUAGGUUCUCCAAAGGAGAUUGAAAAUAUGGUCGAGCGUUGUAAACUUGGCUUAAGGCUCUCUGAUGUAUCUAUUUCUGAGUACAAGAGCUUGUUUGACUCUAGAGCGACAUGUCGACUCUCAAAUAUAAUUAAUAUUCUGGUUCGAAUGAAGUUGAUACGAGUAGUGAAAGAAGGAACUGCUGAAGAUGACAAUGGGCUAUCACAUGCUGUUCUUACAUAUGCCAUGGAACUGAAACCAUAUAUUGAAGAACCAAUGACACGAACAAUAACGCCUUCACAUUUCAAGGUUGACCUUCGUCCUAGAAUCCGACAUGAUUUUCUUCUUUUAAAGCCAGAGGCCGUUGAUGUAUAUUGGGAAACAUUGGAGUAUUGCUAUGCAGCAGCUGAUCAAGUAGCAGCUUCAUGUGCAUUUCCUGGUUCUUCUGUUUGCGAUGUUUUUCAUACUCGUUCAUGGACUUCAGUUCGAGUGAUGAACACUGAACAAAGAAUAGAGCUUUUGAAGCGUGUGAACGAUGCUGACCCAAGGAAAAAAAUAUCGUUUAAAGAUUGUAUAAGGAUUGCAAGGGAGUUAGACCUUACAGUUGAACAGGUACUUCGUGUUUCAUACGACAAGCGGCAAUACCGUCUUUACAGGUAUUCUAGCAGCUCAAAGUCCAGUGAGCAGGACAACCGUAUUGAUGGAGAUAAUUGUAGACCAUUUAAUAGCAAGAGGAAGAGAUCUUCUAAAGAUGGGUCUCCAAAAUAUGAUCUUGAACAGAAUGAAUCCUUAAGAACUGGUAAACCAAAGAUAUGCCACUCAAUUGGUGUUGAUGAUCAAAGCACGGAAACAAACUUACUUCCUACAGGAGAUCAUGAUAACAUUAAGCAUGCUAGCGAUUCUGAUAUGCAUGUGGAAGAUGGUAGAAAUAGUGCUUUUAUCAAUUGUGCAUUUCCAAGGCAAAAACCCAUGCGUGCUAAACGGUUCUUCUGGACUGAUACAUUGGACAGACGGCUAGUGAUGCAGUAUGCAAGACAUCGUGCAAUGCUUGGGGCAAGAUUUUAUCGAGUUGAUUGGACCUCACUUUCUGAUCUUCCAGCACUUCCUUCAACUUGUGCUAGAAGAAUGGCUGUCUUGAAUGCUAAUAUUCAUAUCAGAAGAUCAAUAAUGAGAUUGUGUAAUCUCCUUGGGGAACGGUAUGCUACAUACCUGGAAAAAAUACGCAUAAUGAAGGAACCUGUUACUACUCAAAAUUUGUCUCUUACCCAUGAUGAAAGUAUUUCUGAGUUGAAUUGCCAGCAAUAUUUCUGGGACAACUUUGAAGAUCCAGAUGUAAGGAUUGCUGUUGAUGAAGUUCUUCGGUGCAAAAGAUCAGCAACAUUUCAGUAUGCUAAGAGACUAGGAACCAGACAAGGAAAAGAGUGGCCAGAUAUUCCUCCGAUUGAUGGCAAAACUUCAGAUAUCCAGGAAUUUUCUCAGCCUGCAUUGAAGGACCAAAAUAUCAUUUCAGAAUGUGGCGGAAAUGAAUCUCAGAAGCGCAUUUCGAGACACAAAAAAGUGAAUGUUCUUUCCACUAGGCCAAGCAGGUUGAGGUCCCAUCAUUCUCGCAGGAAUCUUGUGAAAAUUUGGAAUAGUCGAUACAUUUUCAUGAAAAGGAAGGUGUAUGAAUCAUUAGCAGUUGCCAACGCUGUUGAGCUCCUUAAGCUUGUCUUUCUUAGUACAUCUGCAAUAACUGAAGUGCAAAGCUCUUUAGUAGCAACUCUACAGCUUUAUUCAGAGCAUGACAUAUUUGCAGCAUUUAAUUAUCUCAAAGAAAAGAACUUCAUGGUUGUUGGGCAUGGUAGCCGACCAUUUGUCCUUUCAAAAAUGUUCUGGCAUCAUUUAUCUUCUUCUCCCUUUCCAAUUGAUUCAGGGAAGAGGGCUGUUGAAUUUUCUAGUUGGCUUAGCAAGCAAGAAAAAGAUUUAAUAGAUAAUAGAGUAAGUCUGACUCAAGAUUUACAAUGUGGGGAAAUUUGCCACCUAUUCGCUCUUGUUUCAUCAGGAGAAUUCUCUAUUUCACCAUGCAUGCCAAAGGAAGGGAUUGGAGAGACUGAUGAACCAGUGGAACAUGAUAAGGUUAAUAAUUCAAAUAGCCUAAAACGAAAAUGUGCUGAAACUAAGUUAGGGAAUUUGAAAAAGAUUAAGAAGCCCAAGUUUGAAAUGAUAAUCGACAAUGAUUAUUGUUCUCGUCGAGAAAAAGGAUUCCCAGGCAUUAGAGUUGUUUUAAAACGUAAAAUUAUUUCAGCUGACACAUUUUCAAACCUCAUGAAGGAAAACCUCGAGUGUUCUUCUUCAUAUGACAAGAACAGUCAAGGACUCUCAUCUGAAGAAAUUGGUGCAGGCUUGCGUGGCAAUCUAAUGUGUCAGAAUUAUGGAAGUGUAACAGCAGUUGUUGAUGAAGUGCCUUGGGAUGCCAUAGCCAACUAUGCUGAAUGUUUGUCUGCGGUACAGCUUGAUGGGAACAAAGCAACUACCUUUUCACCUGAGUUUUUUAAAUCUGUUCAUUCUGCUGUUUGUCAAGCUGGUGAACAAGGAUUGAACAUGAAAGAAUUAUCUGAAGCUAUGGACAUUCAAGGGGAGCAAUUCACAGAAGUUGUCAUGGACACUAUGGAAUUAUUUCAAUUAAUAAUCAAGGUCAAUUCAUUUGACAACGAACGAAUCCUUGAUUCUUCAUACAAAUCUAAGUAUCUUUUACGAUCACCUGGAGUUCAAACUCCAGAUCGCAAUAUGUCAUCUUACAUGAAAUCUCGAGUGACAAGUUAUGGUGCAUCUCGGCAAAAUUUUGAGAAAAAAGUUGAUAUUACUUAUGAUUCUCAGAAGUCUAAUGUGGAUGUCUGUGAUGGGCAUAAAAUGACUAUUAUUGAUUUACCUAGUGAAUCCGUCAUACUGGAUGUGGAAGGUCAAGACAAUAUAUCAAUUGCCACUCUUCCUAAAGAAAGCAUGGUGGUCAGAGAUUCUGAUCAAGGGAAGGAGGUUAAUUAUACUGCUGGUAGUGAAACACAUCCAUCUCGUCCUAUCUUACCAUGGAUAAACGUUGAUGGAAGUACAAACACCAUAGUGUACAAGGGUCUUACACGUCGACUUCUUGGAACUGUCAUGCAAUAUCCUGGCAUCUUAGAGGAGGAUAUCAUUCGGCGAAUGGAUGUAUUGAACCCUCAGAACUGCAGAAGGCUUUUGGAAUUGAUGAUUCUUGAUAAUCACCUGACUGUGAGGAUGUUACAUCAAACACCUUCCUCUGCUCCUCCUACCAUAUUGAAAAGCCUUUUAAAUUCCAGUUCGAGUAACAUGGAGCCAGUGUUCAGAAAACAUUUCUUUGCUAACCCACGGAGCACUACCCUACUUUAAUUUUUAGAUGUAACAACAGUAUGCUUGUACAUAUUGAGGCCUUUUCUUGCCCUCGCCACAUGAUGGAAUCUAUUAGUUUGCUAUCAUGCCAAAACCCUGUUAAUGAGCAGAAGCAUGCAAUGCCUUUUCCAAAUGCCCAAUACAACAAAUGGAACGAUGUCUUUUUCUGAUACAUUCUUCGAUAAGAAUCUGCUAUACUGCUUUUUCCGAUGAUAUAUUUUUCACAACUUGGAAUAAUAUGCAUGUGUUGGAUUUUAAACGUA